GUUGCGCACACGGGCAGCCGGGCGCUGUGUGUUUUGCUGCCGCCAUGGCAUCGCCCGCCAGCGCUGGCUCGGGCGCCGACGACUGCAGCCGCAGGAAGCCCCGUCUGGCUGCAUCCUUGCAGAUCAGCCCCAGGCCCGGCCUUUGGCGCCCCUCGGCCAGCCUGAGCCCAGACCCCUGGCAGCCCUCGUCUGCCCCCAGAGCGGUGGAGGACGAUCAGGGGAAUGGGCAGCCCCAGGCCUCUGUGGCUGAGGAUAGUGGGGCGAGGGCUGGGGUCGGGGACCUGGGGACAGCCUGGGCAAAAGAGGAUUUGAGGGGACGAGUGGAGAGGUCCCCGAGGGUGUCUGUCCCACCUGCAGGGCCGACCGGGGACUCUCCAACGGGUGUCAACCCCCCAAACCUACCGCCCAAAGACCCGUCCCCAGACCAAGCCGUGGCCUUGCUCGCGCAGUACGCAGCCAGUCUGGGCGUCUCCCUGACCUUCCGGGAAGAGCAGAGGGCAGGCUUCUGCCUCCCGUUCUCUGCGUGCGCAGAACUGGACGGGGUGGCCUGUCCCGCAGGCACUGCUGACAGCAGGACCGAGGCCCAACAGCAGGCAGCGCUCUCGGCCCUCUGCUACAUCAGGACCCAGCUGGAGGGCCAGGGGAGCGCGGAGCCAGAGCCCCCCAGGACCCUCAGCAGGACUCCACUGGCCUCUCUGAACGUAGAGAACAUCCUGACCCACGAGCAGCGCUGCGCGGCCGUGGUCAGCGCUGGCUUCGACCGCCUGCUGGACGGGAGCUCGCCGUACCGGGCCUGUAAAAGCACUGUGGCCGCAGUCAUCCUGGAGAGGGAGAUCCCGGGUGCCAGGGGCCACGCCAAGGAGAUCUACGAGCUGGUGGCGCUGGGCACGGGCAGCAGCAGCUGCGCCGGCUGGUUCUUGUUCCGGCAGCUGCUGCUGGUCACGCAGGGUGGCCCCAAGGGCAAGGAGCGGUCGGUGCUGGCCCCACAGCCUGGGCCCGGGCCCCCCUUCACCCUCAAGCCCAGGAUCUUCCUGCACCUCUAUGUCAGCAACACCCCCCAGGGAGCAGCCCGUGACAUCUACCUACCGCCGUCCUCCGAGGGCAGCCUCCUGCACAACCCGCCCUUCCGCCUGCAGGCCCACGUCCGCGGGCAGCUGAGGCCCGUGUGCUACACGGCACCCGCGCUCCGCAACACCCACGUGGGCUGCCUGUCUGCCAGCGACAAGCUUGCACGCUGGGCUGUGCUGGGGCUGGCCGGCGCCCUGCUGGCCCACUUCCUGCCGCCACUCUACCCCACCAGUCUGGUCCUGGCUGACCCCUGCCACGACCCCCUCACGCUGAGCAGGGCCAUCCACACCCGGCCCAGCCUAGACAAGGUCUCAGGGCCCUGCCUGCCACCACCCUACGUCCGCACCACCAUGCACCUGUUUUCAGGGCCCUUGGUGGCCCCCUCGAACCCCACCCCCGACACUUGUCAUGGCCUGAGCCUCAACUGGAGCCUGGGGGACACUGACGUCGAGGUUGUGGACGUGGCCACCGGGCGCGUGAAGGCCGAGGCCACCCUCGGGCCUCCCUCCCGCCUCUGCAAGGCCGCCUUCCUCCGGGCCUUCCGCCAGGUGGCCCGCUCUCUGGGAAAGACCCACCUCCUGGCCCUGAAGACCUACGAGGCCGCCAAGGCUGGGCCCUACCAGGAGGCUCGUCAGCAGCUGUCCCACCUGCUGGACCAGCAAGGCCUGGGGACUUGGCCCUCAAAGCCACUGGUGGGCAAAUUCAGAAACUGAACGAGACCUCCGGAGACUG